AUGUCAGCAGCUUCCUUCCCCAACUUUUGGGUGCGUAAAAUGCGAUCUUUCUUCGUCCUCUUUGACAGAGAUCUUGACGGAUUGGUCAACAAGAAAAAUUACGUCGACUGGAUUGCUGGGAGAGUGUGUAGAUUCAUGCCUAAGGAGAAAGCGGAGGCAUACAUCCCACUGUGGUCGGCGGCUUGGGACUUCUACUGGGCCGAGAAGGCUGUCAAUGACAACGUCAACAUAGAUGAUAUGAUUCAAAUGCAUUCUCGCUAUCUCAGUGAUCCGAACUUCCACGAGUCGGCGGAACAAUGUUUGGCUGCGUUCUUCGACUCUGCGGACGCCAAUAGUGACGGGAUGAUUUCCCUUCCCGAGUACGUGGCUUUUCUUGAAUGUUACGGCGUGCACCCCCUAUCGGUGACUCCAUCUUUCGAGGCACUGGAUACCAAUCACGAUGGGAUGAUCAGCAAGGAAGAGUUCGUAAAAGCUGGGACCGACUACUUCCAAGUAACUGCAGACACACCUGCAAAAUUUUUCUGGGGUCCUUUCCGUGGUUGA